AUGUCAGUGGAUGAAAAUGAAAAAGACCACCAUUCACGCUCUUUGAAAAGAGGAUUGAGUAAGCGUGCAAAAAAAGUACGCCGCUUCUUCAAGCGCAUGGGACGUCAUCGUGAUGAGCAUGAUAUUGAUACUCUUAAUGAAAAUCUUUCUUCAUUGGAUGUCGCCAACAUGACCAGCACGAGUAGUUUCCGCACAACAACAACCAUCUCAACAUCAUCAGGUGGCCACGACAGCUUACAUGAUCAUGAUGAUAAUGAUGACACGCCUUCGCAUAAUACAAAGGACAGCAAAUUCAGUAGCGAUGAUAAGACAACAGCAGCUGAGCAACAAGAAGAUGGACAAAGCAACCACGUUGACCGGCAGCCCACUCCAACAGCAGCGGAGGAAUAUGGCGUUUCCGAUACCAAACAAUCACGCAAACCAAUAACAACAACAUCUAUCCCAGAAUUGACUCCCCCAAUAUCUCCCACGAGUGCCACCACCUCGCCACCCAACAGCUGCUACAGCAUUGAUAGAAGGGUAGAUGAUGCCGUUGUUGAUGAGCUUUCGUUAAGAAAGAAUGAUCAUGCAUCUUACAAACAACCUCAAAUCAUUGUCUCGCCUUCAGAUUCCACACCAUCAACAUCGUUUGAAUUGCCAACCAACAGUGCUCACCAGCAGGAACAGCCAUCUUCACCAGCAACGACGAAGGAUGCAAUUGUUGAUGAUUCUAAGGAAUCAAUGAUAGCACCCCACACCAAAGAAAACGAGCAACAGAUGAUCGAUAUCAAGGAGAAUCAACAAGAGGAGCAAGUCAACAAGGAGAAUGCACCUUUGGAACAAGCUAUUCAGGAGCCAGUAGCACAAGAGGAGGAGAAACCAUACCAAAAAGAAGAAGCCUUGACCACCCAACAGGAGGAAAAAGUCCAAUCAGCGUCAACAAAACCCGCACAGACCCAGGGGCAAGAACCAUAUGUGAUUAGCAGCAGUAAUGAUGGAUCAUCAAAUAACAAGCAUGAGGAUACAUCAAGCCAUAUCCAGGUAGAAGAGCAGCAACAUCCUCUUGAGAAAGAAACAUCAUCCGUAGCUGAAAAUGACGCUUUGGCCAUUCAAAAAGAGGAGCAUGCCUUGACACAGGGGCCGCUUUCCAAAGAUCAAAAGGCAUCUACGACCGCUCCUGAAGAAGAGCAACCACCAUCACCAUCGCCCUUGGCAUCAGUGAAUGAGGAAGAAACGCCCAUAAAGGAGAACCAAGAAGAGGAGCCUAUCAUGAAUGAUCAAGUUUCCGAAAGCCCAAAGAUAGAAGAGCAGCAACCAUUAUUAUCAAUGGUCCAAGAACCAUCAUCCGCUGAUCCCGCUACUGCUGUUGUCAAAGAGGAUCAAGAAGAGCACCAGCCCUUACUAGUAACACAAGAAUUGCCAUCGUCCACGGAUGCUGCUGCUGCCGUUAUUGCCAAGCAAGAUGACAAAAUCCUCGAUACCACCGAUAACAAGGAGGAGAUUUCACCAUCGGAAAGCAACAAUGAGCAUAAAGACGCCAACUGCAGCAGCAAAACAAUGACACACAUGGACCAUGAGACCUCAUGCAAGGAAAGUGAAAAGCAAGACAAUGAUGCCAUGUGCCAAAGAGUGGCCUAUUUUGACAAGAAACGUACUGGCAGGAUCAGUAUGCUUGAUACAUUCACAUCUUUACGCGGUCUCGGCUACCACUGGUUGGUGGCCAUUCCUGCCACUUUUAUUGUUCAUUUACGUCUUUCUCCUUUGACAAUGCCAUCCCAUCGUCCCUUUUCCAUCAAAGAGUACCUGCUAUUACCCAUUUACACCGAACGAGUAGCACAGGCACUUCACACGCCCAUUUUGGCAGCCCAACGACAACGGCUAGGUCAAUGGGUACAAAUGUAUGGUCAUCGCCAUGGCAACGUGUAUGGCCUUGGUUUUUGGGGAGGCUUCCGUACACUUGGAGCAGCAGAAAGCAAUAGCACUUUGCGUUGGUGGCAAUUACGAUCACGGAUGAUACACCGGUUGCAGUGGAUCCUGACGUAUACCAUGCUCUAUGACCCCAAUGCUCGGAUGGUCACUCAACCUACCUUGGAAGGACUCUGUAACAGACAACUUCCAUCUUGA